AUAAUGUAAAAACAUAAUAUUAUCCUACCCCCAGGUAGGCGGUCAUUGGACCUACAAGAAUGCAGCCGAGGGGAAUUUUGGCUAUUAACAAUAAUAAAAUUGUGAUUGUACGUGACAAACACAAUAGCACACUCGUUAUAAUUUACCCGACUACCCCGUAUACCUAACAUCAUCCUUUUGCAAUAAUGCGGUGUAUAUUACUCGUUAUAGUUUAAUUUUUAGUUUCAUGGAAGAGAAGAACACGUGAAGAAAAUUGGAGAACAAACAUUUACCGUUCGUAUUAUUAAAUUUUAGUAAGAAAUAUCAAAAAAUAAUUACAAAGAAGUACAUUUUACUAUGUACCAACAAUUUGCAAAAGUACUGGAUAUAUUUUACUUGUUCUAACUUCGUUUUUAAGGUUUCUCUCAUGUUUUUAUUAUUAAAUGAUAAUUAUAAGUUUACCAAAUAAUUAUCCUGCAUCCAUGUGGAAAGGAUACCACUAAAACUCGUAUAUAAAUAAGACACUUAGGUAAUCGUUUUGUGUUAAGUACAAAGCACUUUUUCUCUUAUAAAUUAAAUCUAAAUCUACGCUGGAUAAUUCAUUUAUACAUAAGCUUAUCAUUUUAUGCAUUGUUUAAUCAAUUCAUUUUGAUUAUUUUUUUUUGUACCUGCACCUAUCAGUGUUUAGUCCUGUCUUCGUCGCACAUUUACAAAUAAAACGAUCGGUUUUAAUGGGCGGGGAAAACAACCCUCACGAUAUCUCCUACGUUAGCGAUAGGCUAGAAAAUCCGGGACCAGGACGAAGGAUAUUCCUGAUACUCCUGAGCGCUCCAGUCAUUUACGAACCUCGACACGUGUUUCGUUUUGUAUUAACUUGUGCCAACACGUGUCGGUGUUUGCUAUCACCUUAAGAACAACCGUCGCCUAUUGAUGAUGCCACGUGUUGUCAAUUAGUUCGCGAUUUACAACCCCGUUCGAUUGCGAUGACGAUCGAAAUGCAACAAGUUUUGUAAAUUACUGAGGCUAAUAAUGCAAAAUAAAAAAGGAUUGACAAUGUUGAUUUGAUUAAUUGGACGGAAAAAAAGGAAAUGAUGUUUGGCAUGGAAAAUAUGGAUCUUGACAUGGUGAAUCGUCAGUUUUUCUUUGAACCCGGAAGUUUCUUCGCUAAUACUAGCAACGGAAGUGCUAGCUCAAGUUCGACUAAUAGCGGAGAUUUUUUUCUCUAUGACGAAAACAGUAGCGAUUCCGCGGGUUCUACGUAUUCCUUUAGCAGCGAUCAAGAAAAUACUGCAUCCUGCUCUAAGGAUAGAUUACAUCGUCACCGACGUCGAAAUAAGUGUCCACAACAGCAAAUACAACAGCGUCAAGCUGCUAAUUUAAGAGAAAGGAAGAGGAUGCAAUCUAUAAACGACGCUUUCGAAGGGCUUAGGGCCCAUAUACCAACGCUUCCUUACGAAAAGAGACUGUCCAAAGUGGACACCCUUAAGUUGGCGAUCGGAUAUAUCAAUUUCCUGAGCGAAUUAGUUCGAGCAGACAGAAAUACCGCUAGUGGAGGAUUCAGUGGUCUAAGUCGUAACAAUCAAAGGGAUGAACCCAAAAAAGUUAUUGUCAGGGGUAAGAAAAUUGAAUCUUUCUACAAAUAUCCACCUGUGCUCGUACCUAUCCUAUCAAUCAUCGCAUUUCCUUAAAGCUAGAAGCCCUUUGUUAUCUUAUAUUCAUAUAUAAAUAUUCAAGAUAACGUUGAAUUAGCGUGAAUACCUAAACAUCUUCGAUGUUCUUAAUAGAAACAGGGAGACUGUGGUAAAUAAUAGAUAAAUAAAAUAGGAGACUUACCCCCAAUUACCACUAAUACAAUUUUACUGAGUGGACACGUGUGGGCAAUGCCGAAACACGUAUCCGAUUUAUUUAUUCGAUGUUCUUAAUAAAUUAAUAAAUUUUUUCUGACGAUAUUUAAAAAUAUCUUCUCUAAAUCAAUGGACGAGUCAAAGUAAAACAGGGGUUGAAAGUUUUUCUAUUUUCAAAGGCUGCCAAAACGAUGUUUUUUUCAAGCAGUUGUUUUAGAAAAACUUUCAACCACUGUUAGGCAUUCAUUCAUCCAUUGAGAUGAAUACAAUCUUCAUCUAAUGUUGACUGUAUCAUACACAUACAUGUUGUGUAAAAUCGAGAUAACAAAUAAAAAUAUGGAAACACCAAACCUUCCUAAAAUAUAAUAACAACAAAGUACCAGACGAUUGUGAAAUAACUUGCGAAAGACGACG